AUGCUGCUCAACGGCUUGGCCUUGUUGGGUGGAACGCCAUCUCCCCGAGUGGUGGCAACACUUCCCAAAGAGGAGGAUCUACCACUGGUGGAUCGGCAGGUGUUGCACCAGUUGCCAGCAACCAUCAUCCGGCGCAAAGGUGGCUAUGUGGCUACUUCAAACGCAGCAGGUAGUGCACGGUAUUUCUGCAGCGUUCUCGAUGACAUGCCACGAAUUUAUGUCUCGGCUUUGGCACUUGACAUCAAAGGCACGGCGCUGACAGGUGGUGCAGGUCGUCUACUUGACGAUUACGUUUGCGUUUGGUCUGGCUCUUCUGAAAUCCUCAGUCGCAGCUUUCUGCAGAGCUUGGCACAGCUAUGCGGCAUGGCUUUCUGCAAGACGAAUGGUUACUCUGUUGAGCGCUUGGUCCAGCUCUGGUCGUGGCUACUGGAAGUACCGAGCCCUCCACCAGGUUGUAGCCUCCAUCUGCAUGCGGACCACGACUUGGCUCCCAUUGUUCGGCCAGCGGCAUGCCAUGGCCUAUCGGCCCCCCAUGUGCCGCUGCGAUUUCUGCUGGAACGGCUGAGCUUGGAGGAUGUUCUACUUCUUUGCCGUUUGGUGUUGCUGGAACGUCGGAUUUUGCUGCGUUCAUCUUCUUCCUUUGUUCUGACAGCCUGUUGUGAAGCGUUGGCACGGGUGCUGUUCUUUCCACUGCAGUGGCAGCAUGUCUUCAGCCCAGCAGCCUCCCAGCAGAACCUCAUGGACAAGUGCCCAUGGCUGUUGGGCUUGCGCCGCGACGCUCUGGAGCUCGGUGGCGCGGCGCUCACCGCUGUUCCUUUGCCAGAUGGUCAAGUCUGUUCCAUCUUCGACUUGGACGUGGGAGAAGCGGUUUUCGUCGAAGCAGCGCUGCCACGGCUGCCGGAGCUUCCCACGGACAUUCAGCAGGGCUUGCGCAGCAGGUUGAGUGGUUUGAUGGCCCAUCGGGCCACUAAGUUGGAGGCGAUAGGAUCGCCAGAGGAUGCCAGUUUCGACCUGGAGGUGCAGAAGAUUUUUUUCCAGGCCUUGGCACCGUUGUUCACCCAGCUUCGCGGCCAUGUGCGGGAGGGGCCCAAUGGGCUCAGCUACUUUGAUGCGCAUGACUACGUGCACAGACAGGCCGUUGGGGCACAAGCCUUUUGCAGGGCAUUGGUGGAGACUGCAGCCUUUCGAAAGCUUCUGACUGAAAUGAUCCUCACAAGGCCAUCAUUGGGACUUCCCUUUGAAGCCUUGAGCAAACAGCUCACUGACCAUACUGACCUGGACUGUCCAAUGGAAGCUGGAGCUACUUUACCCGACCAGCGCCCUCUCAAGGACGUGGAUGGCAGCAUCUCUGAGUCCGAGCUGUUUCAGACCGUGAAAUCCUUUCAGAGUUGCGCCAGCAAUGAGAACUCUCAUGCCACCAGUCGACCCCGUCAACCCAGUCGCACCUCCCAAGUCAUGCUGGUGCACCAGACGGCGAAGACGUCAUGGUUGGAGCUUCACCUCUUCCACCCUCCGGCCAUGGCACCCAGCCAGCCCAGCUCGGGUGUUUUGCUAGCGGCUUGGACGGCGACGGUGAGCGUGGCGCAGAGAGUAGGGCCUGAGGGCAAAACUGUGGAUGCGCUGGCACAGAGGAUGAAAUCAGAGUCCAUAAGCAGACAGAGACCGCAGUGGUUGCAGGCGCUUGGCUCGCAACUUGACGGUGAGAGGUCUGCAUCGCAGCUGAUUGCAGACUUCUCAGGGUUCCUCGAGGAGCGAGUGGUGACUCGAGAGACCUCACGAGAGACGACUGGGAGCAAUGGUGGGAUGCUGGUUCAAAAUCUGAAGCCUGACUGCUUCACUACACCAGGGAUACACAGGGCUGAGUCAACCUGUUCCUACCCUUCGGUUGAUGAUACGGAUUGUGAAGAGGAUGAAUCGCAUUUUGAGGAAGCAGAGGCAUCGCCAACGAUCCUGAAUUCCUUUCAGAAGUGCUUAAAAACGCCUCGUCAUGCCGGCUCGCUCGCGGCCCACCUGCUACGAAAAGCUUUUGUAUGCCUGUAUGUGACACAGGAUUCCAUGGAACCGAAAGCUGUGAAGGAUUGCAGUCGAUCGCGCAAGAACUCCAAGCAUGUCCGCAUAUCUCAUGCCGUGACCACUGAAUUUGAAGAAGAGGAAUUUUUGUCACCUGCAGGGCAACGGCGGAAAACCUUGCGCAGCAUGACCACCUCCAACCUCUCCAUCAGUCCACGACGAUCCUUCGCAUCACCACCUUCCACCUCACCGGAACGGGAACGCAGCGAACGCAGCGAACGCGGCGGCAACAAACUGAGUCGCCGGAGCGAUCCCACUUUGCUGAGCUCCAAUCGCUUGAGCCCGCGAAGAAAGACCAGCAAGACCACGCAGCUGGAGAAGAUCAAGUCUGAUCCGCCACAAGUUGUGACGGAUCUUUGUAAAUCCUUCUGCGAGCUUCAACUGUGCAACCCUGCAGCGUUGGAACAUGAAGAUCGGCUACCGUUUUGGCUAAACGUACUGAAUGCGUGUACCUUGGCGUGGGUAUGCGCAACGGAGCCGCAGAAGCUUCAGAGCAAUUUGUUUCCAAUGCAUGUGUGGCUUGGCUUUCUCCAAAAGAACCAGGUGAACAUCGCUGGACAACUCUUCAGUCUGAUGGAUAUUGAGCAUAACAUCCUCAGGGCACAAUCCAAAGCCCCGAAGUUCGGUUGGAUCUUUCAGGGCCAGAAAGGCUUCAAGUGUGAGGCCAAGAGCCGGAUGGCUUUGGAAUAUGCCGCUCCAGAAGUUAGCUUCGGCAUCUUCUACCCGUUGCGAUUUGGCUGCGCAAGACUCCAAGUCUACUACCCUCAGGUCUUUCGCGAUCAGUUGCUGUUGAACUGCGCCCAGCACUUGCUGGAGACCGUGACGGUGGAACCCAAAAAGCGCCGCGUGACAUUGCCACCGCUCCUGAAGUACUAUGCCAACGACUUUGGUGGCAACAACGGUGCCUUAAUCCACUUUGUACAGUCAACCCUGGAGGCAGCCCCAAGUCUUCUGGAGGAGUUUGCCCUUGAUGGACGAUGCCUCAGCGAAUCUGAGAACCUCUUGGCGCAGGAAGCACCGCACAAAGCCGCAAUGCUCGAGCAGCUGAGGAAAGAUGGUGACUUCCAUCAAGUUGCCGUGAGUUUCAGCGACUUCGAUUGGCGCCUCGAGCUUAGCAGUACUUCUGUGACUGGAUGCUGGGAGCUGGAAAACCUGCUGGAGUUGGCUCGCGAGAAGAAGAUGAAGGUGCCAUGGGCGUUUGACGCGGACCAACGCCAGUGGCGCCACCCCCUGGCCGACCGCCUGCCGCGCAGCCGACGGAUCUACGGCAACGGCGGUUUGUACAAAUUGACACCGGAGAAGCUGAGACUUUCAGAGAUUGCAUCUAGUCGCAUCGCCAAAAUGCACACAAAACAGCUGCUGUACAUGCUGGAGCUGUCAACAAAACAUCCACUGAGGCCCCCAAUGGCCCCCCCUGGGCCACUGGAUGUCAGUGACUGCGACAUCUUCCGGCAGUCCGGACUCGAAAAAGUUGUGAAACUCAAAAGGGAACAAUCUGGUGAAGAUGUGGUUUUUGAAGACGAGCUGUCGACGAGCAACUCCGUGAUUUCGCUUUGCAUCCCAAGUGGCGUGUGGAAGAUGGGAAAGAUCGCCGCGGCGGAGACGCUGGUCAUAGCUGGGAUGGAACCGGGCGGUGCCAACAAUACCAGCAUCGUCUAUCACAACCCUUUCAACAAUGGUAACCCACAGCAACUGUCCAAUCGAGUGGAGGACUUCUUGGCCAAGUCUGGUAUCCGAAGGGUCCCGGAUCUCAAGAGGGUUCGGUUGACUGAGGAUGGUUUCAAUGUGAAAUAUGUUGGAACCGACUUCAUCGAUGGCAUUUGGACGUACGAUUUUUUGGUGCAACCACCACAAGGCGUAGAAGCUCCAGCUCAGAGGCUGCGGCGAAGCUUUGAUGACGUUCAGUUGCUGGCGACCAGCAUGGCGCAACGCUACCGCUCAGUGCCAGCUCCACCUUCCAAACCAAUGUUCGGCAUAGGUGAUGGAAAAGCCCUGGAAGGAUACCUGCGUUCCCUGCUGUUCAUCGAGCCCUGGCCUCGUACCAAUUGCUUUCGGCAGUUUCUAGGCAUUGCCAUGCCACCUCCACCUCCAGCAGGUUUUGGUCUGUCAGAAACGCUGGGUCCUGCAGUGCUCCUGGGGCACCGGAUACCCAUGGGUGCACUUGCGAUCCUCCUUAGCUUUUGCAAAGCUGCGGAUGCCCUUGGCAUUUGCAGCCGGGUAUGCAAGUCGUUCCAAGCAGCGGCCUUACAUUCUUCUGCCUGGCCCAGCCUGAAGUUGUGUUCAAGUACUGCAGAACGUGUGGUUGAUAGCUUGAGCUACAUUCUGAUGAGCACCUGUGCCAACUUGCAGGAUCUUUCCUUAGAUAUCACCUUCCAACAGCAGGGCCUCAGCGUAGCACAACCUGCCGAGCUGGUUCUGAGACGGCUAAGGAAGUUGGAAUUGAAGUUGGGUGAUCCAGAAGGCAACACCUUUGCCGGUGAUUUGCUGAGCUGUGUCGAGUCACCCAAGCUGAAAGACUUCAAACUGCUUGCAGUUUUGACCCCACAUCUGCUGGAUGCUGUGCGCAUGGCGUUGCUUGCGGCAGAAGGAUUACACUUUCUGAGCCUCACCGCUUUAGCUGAUCCCUCGGAGGUCAUUUUAGGCGCGGUAACCGUAGCAGCCAUUCAGGAGAUUUUGGACAUUGCCCCAGCUGUUUCCAGCUUGAAGAUCAACUUGGAAGAUGGGAUUGGCGGUCUCAUCCGUUCCUUCUCAGGCCACCCACAGGGAGAUGGUAUUCUGCAGCGGUGCAUGGCCAUGCGAAACCUCCAUAGUUUGGUCUUUGACUUCCUGGCUGAUGACUUGGUGGCCUUGAUUUUGCAGUCAGCUGAUCGUUCUUGGCACCUGCAGUCCGCGCGCUUCUCGGGCUGCAAACAAACACUGCGAGAUCCGGAUCAGACCCUGCUGACUUUGUUGGGGAAGCUCUCCGGGGACCUGCAGGAGUUUUCCUUCUUGAUUGAUUUGGAGCUCUUCAUCCGCUCAUUUGCACAGGGAAUCUGGGGUAUUUCCCAUCAGCGCCUGGGUCCAUUGCCCAACCUCUGGCAACAUCGGGAGGCUUUGCGGAGACUAGAGCUGAACUGGCAAGCCUUCGAUGAUGAGGGUAUGGCAUGUUUGGUGGAGUGUUGCCCAGGACUGGAAGUGCUUCUGCUGGACAGAGCCGAGUACUGGACGGACAGCACGGUGCAGCGGAUCGUCACUUCGUUGCCUUCGUUGGAGCACUUUCGGCUGCGUGCCUCCUCGAUGUUGUCGGAUCAGAGCUUGUACGAGUUGCAGCAAGCACCGCACAGACUCCAAAUCUUGGAGAUUGAACCAUCCUAUGCCAUGUCAACGUACAUGAUGGAUCAGUUGAAGGCUUCGAUGGCCGGCCCCUCGGGAGACCAUGUUCCCAGCAGCUUCAGCAGUUUCAUCGCUGCCCAACUCUUUGGACUUGCGUCCCCAGAGCGGACUAGCCCGGCGCAGCUCUGGGUGUUGAAACCUUUGGAUGAGGACAGUCCUGCCAUGACUCUAUGGCCAGAAGUGAACUUUCGCAUCCGAAACCGGCGAGUUUUCAGUGGACAUCAGCCCCACGGGGAGAGCCCAACGGUGGUGCGACAUGUGCGCAGUGGUUUGCUGGUGAUCACCGCAGAUACCUCGUGCCGCGGCAGGGUGCGUUUGCUACAGUACAGUGUCUCUGCCAAAGGCGAUUGCGCGGAGAUCGUGUUCAGCUGGAGGGCAUCCUCCGCGACGGGUCUCAACAUCGCUGUCAGUUGCAUUGCGAUCCGGCACAGGUGUCUCAUGUUCACAUUUGGUUGGUGGGUCCAGUCCAAGUCUUCUUUCCGUCCUACUCGUACCUGGGAGAAGGUUCUGGAAGAUGGGCGUGUCCUAGCAGCUCUGGGAAAGCGUUUUCAGGUGAGUGUGCAAUCAAUGCAUCCGGGAAAGGCAUGUUUGAUGCUGAAAUCGGUGUAUUCUGCAGAGCGCCUGCAUGUGAGCCUCAAAAACCUUAGCGCCGAGUGGCUGUUGGAAUCACAGAAAGAUGUUCAGCUCCUCCCUGGCCCGGAGAGCGGCACAGAGCAUCCCAAUGAUAACUGGUCCAAUGCGACUCAGUUCAAGCGGCAGGAGUUUGAUUCAGCCGAGACAUACAUCUUUGAUGGGCAUGGUACCCUUUGGGGAGUCCGUGGCGCAGCGCAAGGGGUGACCAAUCUGGACUUGGAGCAGCAGAUCAUUUCUCAGGUCAACAGCCUCAUCGCUGCUGGAAAGCAAGUCAUUUUCGCCACCAACGACUCCAACUAUUCGCGGCGGAUGUAUGUUGAUAGGUUACUCAAACACGGCAUCUGCCUUUGCAAUGACGACGAGUUCUCACGAGAACAAGCCAAGCAAAAAGUAGUGACUGCUGCAUUCACUUGCGCUUGGUUUCUCAAAAAGGCCUUGAUUCGAAAGCCCUUCGUCAUUUGUUCCCACGUGGGGUUAUUGGAGGAGCUCCGUGAAGCAGGCAUCACAGACUAUGUCGCGACCAUCGACAACCAGGGCCAGGCCUACAAGGAGUACUUUGCUCCAGUGACCAAAGAAAAUGUCACAAGACUUGUGCAGCAGUCCAAGGACGUGGAUGCCAUUGUGGUUGGCUGGGAUCAGCAGUUGACAGCGCUCAAAGUAGCAGUGGCUGCUGCUUUUUUAAAAUGGAGCCGAGCCACAGAGGGUCAGAAUUUUAUGCAGAUUGUGCAGUGUUCUUCGGAUCACGCAGGUGUCUUAGGUGUGACCUCCGAAGAUUUUCUGCCAAGGAAUUGGGCCAAUCAGAGCAUUCCAGCAGUGGGUAACGGCACUAUGUGUCAAAUGGUAUGUGCAUCCGUGGGCGAAGACAUUCAGGCCAUUGAUGUGGGCAAACCCUCAGAGGUUCUCAUUGAAGCCUUGAGAAGACCCGUGGAGGAAGAGGGCUACGGUGGCCUGGCGUUGGCCCUGGGGCCCUGGCGGGUACAACGAACUCUGGUUGGGGAUACCCUAAACACCGACAUCGAGCUGGCUGUUCGCAGUGGCAUGCGCUCCCUCUUGGUCUUGAGUGGUGUCACAAGCCGCUCGGAUUUGGAGAAGCUGAGGGAAACCACUCGCUUCCCCACCUGGGUGGUGGAAAGUUUGGCGCACAUCUAG